AUGGCGGCCUCGACGGAUGCCGCCGUGGAAGACGAUGAAAGGGAGCCAUUCAACGACGCCGAGCUGGCGCUGAAAGGCAUCAACAUGCUUCUUAAUAAUGGAUUCAAGGAGAGCGACAAGCUUUUCAGAGCGUACAGGCACCACAGUCCUCUCAUGAGCUUCGGCGCCAGUUUUGUCAGUUUUCUGAACGCCAUGAUGACUUUUGAAGAGGAGAAGAUGCAGCAGGCGUCCGAGGACCUCAAGGCGACGGAGAGGUUGUGCGAGAGCGAAAACGCCGGUGUCAUCCAAACCCUCAAAAACAAGAUGAAGCGCUCGACGGACCCUCGAAGGUCAGAGUUGGCCGCCGUGGAACGACUCCAGAGGCAGAUCAUCAUUGCCGACUGCCAGGUUUACCUCGCUGUGCUCGCUUUCACCAAACAAGAACUCUCGGCGUACAUCAAAGGCGGCUGGAUCCUCCGCAAAGCCUGGAAAGUUUACGACAAAUGUUAUUGCGACAUCACGCAGCUGCAGGACCGCAUCGGCGGUGGUGCCAGCAGCAGCAGGAGGAGGAAGAAGGCCUCCGAGCAGCAGCAGGGGGCGUCGUCCUCUGUCACGUCGAGCCCUUCCCAGCAGCCGGACGCCGUCGGCGCCGAAGACCUGGGCCGGCUGAAAGGUUCGGUCAGCUUCGGCUACGGCCUCUUCCACCUGUGCAUCUCCAUGGUGCCGCCGCACCUCCUCAAGAUCGUCAACCUGCUGGGCUUCCCCGGCGACCGUCUCCAAGGACUCUCGGCGCUGGCCUGCGCCAGCGAGAGUAAAGACAUGAAGGCCCCCUUAGCCACUUUGGCCCUCCUGUGGUACCACACGGUAGUGCAGCCCUUCUUCGCCCUGGAUGACAGCGACACCCAUUCGGGCCUGGCGGAGGCCAAAGCCAUUCUUCGGCAAAGAGAGAUCAUCUACCCCAACUCGUCGCUCUUCAUGUUCUUUAAAGGCAGAGUCCAGCGUCUGGAGAGCCAGAUGAGCGCCGCUUUAACGUCCUUCGGCGAGGCUUUGCGGCUGGCCGCGGAGCAGAGAGAGAUCCAGCACGUGUGUUUGUAUGAAAUCGGGUGGUGCAAUAUGAUCGAGCUCAACUACUCUGAGGCUUUCACAGCCUUUGAGCGCCUGAAGAACGAGUCUCGCUGGUCCCAGUGCUACUACGCGUAUAUGACCGCAGUGUGCCAAGGAGCCAUGGGCGACCUGCGGGGAGCCUUGGGAGUUUUCAACCAGGUCCAAAAACUCUUCAAACGCAAGAACAAUCAAAUAGAGCUUUUCUCCAUGAAGAAGGCUGAGAAGCUGAGGAUCCCCAGUCUGUCCAAGGAACUGUGCAUCCUCUCCAUCAUUGAGAUUCUUUACCUGUGGAAAGCUCUCUGCAACUGCUCCACCAGCAAAUUACACGCAAUGAUAGAAGUCCUGCAGGCUAUUGACGACGCCUCCUGCGCAGGGCUGAAAAACCUGCUUUUGGGAACCAUAAGCAAAUGCCUGCAUAGCAAUAAAGAAGCCGUUCAGUAUUUCCAGCUGGCGUCGCGCGAUGAGCUGGGCCUGCUGAGCAACUCGUACGUGCAGCCUUACGCCUGCUACGAACUGGGCUGCAUGCUCCUCAACGACUCGGCGUCUGCAGCCAAAGGCCAUACAUUGAUGCUUCAGGCGAAGGAGGACUAUGCGGGCUAUGACUUUGAGAACAGACUUCACGUGCGGAUCCACUCGGCUCUCGCCUCCGUGCAAGCGGCAGCUCAACCUUGACAAAGCCAAAAAUUGACAAGACAAAGAUUUGACGGCGUUUUUUGGAAAAUGAUUUCAUGUUUGUAAGAAGAAGGUUUCCUGGCCUUUGCAAUACACUGCACAUUUUUCCCCAUGUGGAAAUGUUUUGCACGUAUUUCUUAGACUACUUUUUACAGUUCACAUGUACAAUGGUACUUCUUAAUGUGAACCAUUUCAGUUUUCAUAUUCUUUUAAUCUAUUAAAAAGAUUUGUACUGGACAA